CUGGACCGGAUCGUUGCGUGUGCGGCACGUCUGUGUCACACGCGUCGCCAACCAGGAAACAAACGUUCUGUGCGAUUUGGGAUUUGCUGCUUUUGGGUCCGACUGGACUUCGGCAUGGAGCCCACCAAUCUGCAGAAGGCCAUCGCAGUGGCGCGGAAGGCCUCGCAGGAGGACCAGGCGGGGAACUACGAAGACGCCAUUCGCUCCUACAAACACGCCGUCAAGUACUUUCUCCACAUUUUAAAUCGUGAACCCCAAGGUAAAGAUGGCAAUCAGAAAAUCAGGGACAAAUGUAAGGAGUAUCUGGACAGAGUGGAAAAGCUACAAGAGUACCUAGACUAUAAAGAGAAAGCCAUCGAUCUUGCCAGCAAGGCGGCUCAAGAGGAUAAAGCUCAGAACUAUGAGGAGGCUCUCCGAAUGUAUCAGGCUGCUGUACAGUAUUUCAUCCACGUGGUCAAAUAUGAAGCCCAAGGGGAAAAAGCUAAACAGAGCAUCCGUGCGAAAUGUGCUGAAUAUUUGGACCGGGCAGAGAAGUUGAAGGAUUAUCUCAAGAAAAAGGAGAAAGCUCCGCCUGCUAAGCCUGUCAGAGAGUCUGAUGACAAAGGGAAUGACAGCGAUGACGGCGAUGAUCCCGAAAGGAAGAAGAUGCAAAAUCAACUCUCAGGUGCAAUUGUUAUGGAGAAGCCAAACAUCAAGUGGGAUGACGUUGCCGGUUUAGAAGGAGCCAAGGAGGCCCUGAAAGAAGCUGUGAUUCUCCCGAUCAAAUUUCCUCACCUUUUUACUGGAAAGAGAACACCAUGGAGGGGGAUCCUGCUCUUUGGACCUCCGGGUACAGGAAAGUCUUACUUGGCAAAGGCAGUCGCCACAGAGGCAAACAACUCGACUUUCCUGUCCGUCUCCUCUUCUGACCUUGUAUCCAAAUGGUUGGGUGAAAGCGAAAAAUUAGUUAAGAACCUGUUCGCCCUCGCGAGGGAACACAAGCCUUCCAUCAUCUUCAUUGACGAGAUCGACUCCCUCUGCGGCUCCAGAAGCGAGAACGAGAGCGAGGCGGCGCGCCGUAUCAAGACAGAGUUCCUGGUGCAGAUGCAAGGUGUUGGAAAUGACAACGAAGGAGUGCUUGUACUCGGGGCAACAAACAUUCCAUGGACCCUCGACUCUGCCAUCAGAAGAAGAUUUGAGAAGCGGAUCUACAUUCCGCUGCCAGAAGAACACGCUCGCUCCUUCAUGUUCAAGCUCCACCUGGGCUCCACCCCGAACAGUCUCACCGACUCGGACUUCGUCACACUUGGCAAGAAAACCGACGGCUACUCGGGGGCCGAUAUCAGUAUCAUCGUCAGAGACGCGCUCAUGCAGCCUGUCAGGAAGGUCCAAGCGGCAACCCACUUCAAAAGGGUGAACGGACCAUCGAGAUCGGAUCCCCAAAUUAUCGUCCACGACCUUUUGACUCCUUGCUCGCCCGGCGAUCCCCAAGCAGUAGAGAUGACAUGGAUGGACGUCCCUGGAGAGAAGCUUCUGGAACCUGUCGUUAGCAUGUCUGACAUGCUGAGGUCCCUGUCCAACACCAAGCCGACCGUCAACGAGCAGGACCUCGGGAAACUGAAGAAAUUCACAGAGGACUUUGGACAAGAAGGCUAGUUUCCAUUCUGUGAUGCAGACCCAACCCGAGGCAAAAUAAUUGCAAUGUUCUAUUUACUGUUGAUUUCUUCUUCCGGUUUCAUCUUAAACAUUCACAAGCUAAUCGCUGUCUCCCUCUUGACAGCCAGAGAACCACAGAAACGCCAUAGAAAGUCAUUUGAUUCGGCACACAAUCCUCUCUAAAGACUAAAAGAUUUCAUUUAAGACUUCAUAAAUUUAAGGGAUUAAGGGAUUUACUUGUAAAGGGGUUAACGUGAAAAUACCCAGACUAACCAGUUGGACGAAGCUUAUAUGCACUCACUUCUUGUCGUUGACCAAUAAACUCCCUGUCCUCUCUGUAUUGUAUAAAUAAGAAGCAUUUUAUGUCAUACGGCGUUUUGUGGUAUCGUAUAUCGGCUCUGGGAAGCGAAGCGGCGUCGGAUUUCUUGUGUUCAUAAUCUCCGUGUGGUAGAUUUAGUUCAGGCAUUUAGGACUUCUUGAGACACUAGAGAUGAGAGCUCCGUACAAGCCCAGGUUAGGAUUUUCUCCUUUUGUAUGCAUUCAGUGGAUCAGCGAAGGUGCCAGACAAACAUUUUGAAACAUCUUUUUGUCAUUCAGUUUCUUUUUUUUUUUUUUUUUUUUUUUAAAUCACACCCCACUGGACAUAUGUUUUUUAUAUACAUACAUAUAUAUAUAUAGGAACUGAUGCUCUGUAUUAACCGCUACUAAAAAAAAGCCUUAUAUAAGAUAAUUUUUUUUGUUAAAUUUGACAUAAGCGGAAGUCGGAGGCUUCUUUGUACAUUCGAGCAAAGAGAGAAACAUCAAUUAAACGUGACGCUGUGCAUCCUGUGCCUUCAAGAGAAGCUGUUUAUUUUUAUAUGGGCUUGUCUCAAUUUAUCAUAGUGCUUCACUAUGUAUAAUGCACAUUUCCUGGACCCUCUUAUACGGAAUGUAAACUCUACUUUUUUUUUUUUUUUCUUUUUUGUGUGCGUUUUGAUGGGGAAAUUGCUGUAAAAUAUACUAUACAAACAA